GAUUUCAUUAUUAGAAACAUUCACGAAGUGUUAUUUCAAUUCUUUCUAAAUAGCCUAUAUUAUAUUAUCGAAAUAUUUUCAACGAUGAUGAACGACGGAACUCUUUUCUAUGGUUUUACAUCGAUUACUGUAGUUUCGUUAUUGUCAUUAACUGGCCUUAUAUUUUUACCUGUCAUAAAAGGUAAAUGGCGAAAUAGAUGGAUGCAAAUAUUUAUUGCUUUAGCUGUUUCAACGUUAAGCUCAGAUGCUUUGCUUCAUAUUUUACCACAGGUAUUUCGUGUUUUAUUUGUUAAUAUUAUUCAGUGGGAUAAAGUUAGAGGCAAUUAA